UGAUCCAGUAGAAAUAUUUCAGGUGCCGAAAGAAAGUGGACGAAGCGAGCCACCAUCGCUGCCGAUUCCCUUCCAGGCAAAGCAGCGGCAAAACAAACAAACAAACAAACGAAGGGAGGACUGUGUUUAUCUAUUUAUUUUUGUGGUUCUAAACCAGGAGGAAAGUUUGCAUUAUUUCUGCCGGGGCUAUCGUGUCUUGUGAAGCACCACCACUUGUCUACCUUGUUUAUUGGAUGGUUCCUCCUACUUUCCCCCACCAAUUUCGCAACUCUUAUUUGGACUAUAUCGCAGAAACUUCGGAUACAUUCUUCACUCACGUCUAGGAACCUGGAUUCAAGCUGAUACUGUGACCUUCGAACAGACCACUGUAUGUCAACAUCACAUGUAGCAGAUUUGCCUGUGUGGGCUGCAAGAUGAUCGAGUCAAGGCAUCUAACUUCUACCUUCAAAGACUUGCCACUCGGAUUAUAACUGUUUCUUUGUAAUAGUCAUUAUUCAUCCCGGAGAGACCUCAUCUGCAUGUGUUGCAAACCUGCAGUAGUGGCCCAUGUGUAGCGGGGAGUCUGCAGCAUCUCACGGAAUCACCUAGCAGCCCAAGAUUUUUGGGGGCGGACCCCCAACCCUCCUGCCCCCCCACCUUUUUUUUUUUUUAGUCCCGGUGUCUCUGCUCAAAGCUGCGCAGAACCCACUACCCAAUGGCAUGGGUAAGGAUUUUCAGGAAACCGGGGGGCAACCUUGGGAAGUCCUACCAACCGGGGAGCAUGCUGUCCCUGGCGCCCACCAAAGGACUGUUGAACGAGCCGGGUCAGAACAGCUGCUUUCUCAACAGCGCUGUGCAGGUCCUUUGGCAGCUGGACAUCUUCAGACGCAGCUUGAGGCAGCUACCUGGGCACUUCUGUUUGGGGGAGUCAUGCAUCUUUUGUGCAUUAAAGGGCAUAUUCUCCCAGUUCCAGCACAGUAGGGAGCGAGCGCUGCCCUCGGACAACCUGCGUCACGCCUUGGCGGAGACCUUUAAGGACGAACAGCGCUUCCAGCUGGGCUUCAUGGAUGAUGCCGCAGAGUGCUUUGAAAAUAUACUGGAGAGGAUACACCUGCAUAUUGUGCCUGAGGAGACUGAUGCGUGCACCUCAAAGUCCUGCAUUACUCACCAGAAGUUUGCCAUGUCACUUUACGAGCAGUCUGUGUGCCGUAGCUGCGGGGCAUCCUCUGACCCACUGCCGUUUAUAGAGCUGGUGCAUUAUGUCUCCACCACCGCACUCUGCCAGCAGAUGCUUCAGCGUAAGGAUGAUUCUUUUGGAGAACUGUUACAAGCAGCAUGCACGGUCGGAGACCUGAGGAACUGUCCCAGCAAAUGUGGCCAAAGGAUUCGCAUCAGGCGCGUCCUCAUGAAUUCCCCGGAGAUUGUCACCAUCGGCUUUGUCUGGGAUUCCGACCAGUCGGACCUCACUGAGGAUGUGAUCCGCUCGCUGGGGCCUCACCUCAGUCUCUCCACGCUUUUCUACAGGGUGACCGACGAGCACGCCAAGAAGGGCGAGCUGUUGCUGGUGGGGAUGAUCUGCUACUCCAGCCGCCAUUACUGUGCCUUCGCCUACCACACCAAGUCCUCCAAAUGGGUUUUCUUUGACGACGCCACAGUUAAAGAGGUGGGGUCCAAGUGGAAAGAUGUGGUCAGCAAAUGUAUCAAAGGUCAUUUCCAGCCUCUUCUACUGUUUUAUGCCAACCCUGAAGGCAGCGCCAUUACAGCUGAGGAUGUGUCACAGCAGCACCUGAGCCAGACCCAGUACAAGACCCCUGUCAAUGGAGAAGGUUUUCAGUCUCCGCUUCCAUCCCCCGAGAAGGUAGACCUGACCAAGGAGAAUCUGAACGGUCUGCUGGGCCAAGGCUCCUUGAAGCAGAAAUCUCCUUCCACCUUCAACCGGGGCAGUGCCCAUAACAGCGGAGGACGAGGGACAGUGCAAAUUGAUCUCAAGCGCCACUUUAGAGAGAUUUUCAGGGAAGUCACCCAUCGAGCCAGCGGUGAGGUGCAUCCAAUCGGAAGAGACUCUGAUCGGAGUGGUCAACGCAGGCCGGAGUCCCGCUACAGAGAUCAAGCGCAAGACCGCAUCUACUCUCGCUCGAGCUCUCCCCCGGUAAAUGGUUUCAAACAACACCUGGAGACUCGCCUGUACAGCAGCCAGGGAAAAGGCCCCAUCCGCAGUGACCGACCGCCCACCCACCUUAGCACCAGGUCUUUCCACGAGCCCCUCCAAUCCAACUCAAGGGUCCGGGUGCUACCUGUUGUACCCAGCAGCGGGCAAUACAGCAGGAGGGCGGAGAAUCAAUCCAACGGCUACGACACUGAUAGCAGCCAGGACUCUCGAGGGCGUCCCGGAAGUGCCGGGAACGGCCGCAGUAGCAGCAGUAGCAGCAGCAGCAGGUCCAGCCGUCCCUGGAAACCCAUGAGAGAGGCACUCAACGUGGACAGUGUUUUAAACAGCAUUGGUGGCCAUGGCAGCGGACCAACUCCAGAGCAGAGGCCGCAGAGCCCCAGGAGGCGCCCGAGCAGCAAGUCGCAGGAAUGGGACCUGAUGUGGGGAGGCCGAGAAGAGCGGAAGCCUAAGAGCCUGAUGACCAUUUACGAGGAUGAACUGAGGCAGGAGAACGGCAGCAGCCGCAGCUUGCUGGAGUCGGACAAGGACAGGCCAAAGGGCACCGCCACCCUGAAGGUCUACAACGACAACUGGAAGAUCCAGCGAACUGAAUCGGGCUACGAGAGCAGCGACAGGAUUAGCAACAGCUCUGCAAAUUUGGACUCGCCUGUGGUAGAAACCUUCUCGUCCAAGGACCUACGGCCCAUACAUGAGCUGCAUUUGAGCCGGGAUCAGUUCCCUCCAAAGGGAAGUGAUGACAUUCUGCAUGCUACAUUUUCCACUGGUGAACAAGGGAGAAAGUCUCCGGACCUGCAUGACUCAAACAAGCCAUUACAAAGACGAAGAGCCUUCCGAUAUACACCUGGAGUCCUACAAAAUGACCUGGAGAGCGAAAGGGAAGAUAACGUGGAAAGCCCAGUCAGCCCGGUGCCGCCUUACUUGACAAAAACCAGUAGUUCUGAGUGGAACAGCUCGGAUGACCAAACAGGACCCUUCUCAGAGCAAGAAGAGGCCACCACGAAGGGGCUCGCUCUGCACAACUAUCCGCCUCCUUUACCACCAAAAACAUUUCACACUGACCAAUCCGAACCGCCGGCGAUACCGGCCCGCUUGAGCCGAGACAAAAAUGGCACAGCACCCGUGCUCUCGCACACAACCCUCAUCCGUUGGAUUGAGACGCCCGCCGAGCACAGGCUCUCGUCCGACGCUAGCUCCAAGUCCUCGGACCAGGACAGGAACGAGCUGUCAGCCAGCGAGGGCGAAGACAGGCUACCGGGCCGCGACGGCGCCGACUCCCCUGACAUGGUUCUACCCACUACCUACUUCUCAGUGGAUAACUGUAUGACCGACACCUACCGGGCCAAGUACCACAAGAGGCCUGCCUUGUACAUGAGAGCAGAUGAGCACACAUCUUCAGGGGAGAGUGACGUGGAUGCCAGAGGACUUCCUGCACCGGAUGAUGAGAUGCCAGAGCCUUCCAGCAACCAACCAGAGCCAGGCUAUUCUUCUUCUUCCACGAAGCCUAUCGUAAAGUGGAACCCCGUGAUGCCAAAAGGACUGGACGAACACGGUUUCCUAUAGUCGGAGCAAAAACAAUAAUAAUGAAUACCAAAAAUAAAUUAAAAAACUAUGCAUUAUGACUGUUGUACAGUUUGAAUGUCUGUAAAACAAGAUGCAAGGAAUGUGGAAGCCAAAGAGAUUGUUGGGGGGAAAAAGGAUGAAUAUUUGAAUUUGCACAAGUAGAAAGGUACAGAAAAGGGGGGCGACAGAGCGUCCUCCUAUCAGGGUUACCAAGUCAAAGACUACUGAGCGAAAAAGUGUCCAAUAAUGCUAAUUUUCCAUCAUUUGAACAGUCUUUCUUUGUACUGGCUUUAGUAGAUCCCAGGGAUCUGUGUGGGUAAUGAGGUGUCUUUCUUCUGUCUCUUGGAUUAACGCCGCUGGAUCAACUCUCUCCUAAGGUGACGGGCAAUUAUCGCCAAUGCUAAUUAGCACAAAUGUCUUAUCACUGUAUCGUCACUAAUAGACACUCCAAGCUGUUUGUUUUUGUAGCAAAACGUACAAACGUUGUUAUAGUAAAAUGUUGUAAACAUUUUGUUUUUGGCUCCCUGUUUUGAUAUGUAAUGCAGUGGUGACUUUUUACUGCACAGUGCCUUUUUGUAUUUUUUCCCAAAAUGACAGAAGGUUUGAAUCAGAGACGUGGUUUGUACAAGGAUUUGAUUCCAGAGACUUUUGCAUUUGAGUUUUAUUUUUAUUGAUUGCCACUUGUUAAAGAAAAUAAACCAAUG